UCGCGCGUUCUGCCUGCGGUGUGGUGUGGAACCUUCGGGUAGCGUGGUCUGAUUAUUUGCAGGAAGGCGCAGGCGUUCGUGGCUGGCCGGCCGCGGCCUGGCGGGCCUGUGCGGGCCGCACAUUUGGCCUUGUUUCCUUGGUGUUAGAGCUCGCGGCGGGCCGCGCAGCGCCCUAACCCGGCCUCAGCAUGCUGGUGCUGUUUGAAACGUCCGUGGGCUACGCCAUCUUUAAGGUUUUGAAUGAGAAGAAACUUCAAGAGGUUGAUAGUUUGUGGAAAGAAUUUGAAACUCCGGAGAAAGCAAAUAAAAUAGUAAAGCUAAAACAUUUUGAGAAAUUUCAGGAUACAGCAGAAGCAUUAGCAGCGUUCACAGCUCUGAUGGAGGGCAAAAUCAAUAAGCAGCUGAAGAAGGUUCUGAAGAAAAUAGUAAAAGAAGCCCAUGAACCCCUGGCUGUAGCUGAUGCUAAACUAGGAGGGGUCAUAAAGGAAAAGCUAAAUCUCAGUUGUAUCCAUAGUCCUGUCGUUAAUGAACUUAUGAGAGGAAUCCGUUCACAGAUGGAUGGAUUAAUCCCUGGGGUAGAACCACGCGAAAUGGCAGCUAUGUGUCUUGGGUUGGCACACAGCUUGUCCCGAUACAGAUUGAAAUUUAGUGCUGAUAAAGUGGACACAAUGAUUGUUCAGGCAAUUUCCUUAUUAGAUGACUUGGAUAAAGAACUAAACAACUACAUUAUGCGGUGUAGAGAAUGGUAUGGCUGGCACUUCCCUGAAUUAGGAAAAAUUAUUUCAGAUAAUUUGACAUACUGCAAGUGUUUACAGAAAGUUGGCGAUAGGAAGAAUUAUGCCACGGCCAAACUUUCUGAAUUACUGCCGGAAGAAGUGGAAGCAGAAGUGAAAGCGGCUGCAGAGAUAUCAAUGGGGACAGAGGUUUCAGAAGAAGAUAUUUGCAACAUUCUGCAUCUCUGCACUCAGGUGAUUGAAAUCUCAGAGUAUAGAACCCAGCUCUAUGAAUAUCUACAAAAUCGAAUGAUGGCCAUUGCACCCAAUGUUACAGUCAUGGUUGGGGAGCUAGUUGGAGCACGGCUUAUUGCUCAUGCAGGUUCUCUUUUGAAUUUGGCCAAACAUGCAGCAUCUACAGUUCAGAUUCUUGGAGCAGAAAAGGCACUCUUCAGAGCCCUCAAGUCUAGACGAGACACUCCUAAAUAUGGACUCAUUUAUCACGCUUCACUUGUAGGCCAGACAAGUCCCAAACACAAAGGGAAGAUUUCUCGAAUGCUGGCUGCCAAAACCGUUUUGGCUAUCAGGUAUGAUGCUUUUGGUGAAGAUUCCAGUUCUGCGAUGGGAGUUGAGAACAGAGCCAAAUUAGAGGCCAGGUUGAGGACCCUGGAAGAUAGAGGGAUAAGGAAAAUAAGUGGAACAGGAAAGGCAUUAGCAAAAGCAGAAAAAUAUGAACAUAAAAGUGAAGUGAAGACUUAUGAUCCUUCUGGUGACUCCACACUGCCAACCUGUUCUAAAAAACGCAAGAUAGAACAAGUGGAUAAAGAGGACGAAAUUAUUGAAAAGAAGGCCAAAAAAGCUAAGGUUAAAGUUAAAGUGGAAGAAGAGGAGGAAGAGGAUGAAGAAGGAGUGCUCGUGGUGGAAGAACAGGAGACGUCUGUGAAGAAGAAGAAGAAAAAGGACAAAAAGAAACACAUGAAGGAAGAAGCGCUUUCUGAGGAAGAACCGUGCACCAGCACGGCAGUUGCUAGUCCAGAGAAAAAGAAGAAAAAGAAAAAAAAGAAAGAUAUUGAAGACUAAUCAAAGGGAACCAUCAUUGAAUCUGGAUUGAACCUGGAUACAUCGUGCUUAAGAUUCAGUCAGGCAUAUACCAGACAUGGUUUCUGAAAUAAUCCAGGGGAGGUUAGGUGACACACAGUGAUUAAUCGGCUAUAGCUUUUCAAGCCUAUUUGUGUCUUGACAGCAGCUCUGUUAACUUUAUUAUGUCAUCAUUUCUUAGAGUCUUUGUUAUACAAAUAAAAAUAUUUUCUUUGUAUUUUAA